AUGAUAGACCUUACCGCAAGAAGCUUGAGAAGGCUCGUUAUCGUGGUGGGCCUGUCAUUGAUUGUGUUUGUCAUUAUCCAUCAAGUCAAUUACGGGGACAAGUUUGCACUCACCUCUCAUUUGUCAGAGUUGAUAGAAGUAAUCAAGGCUUGCCCCCAAACAACCUCCAAACCGCUCGAUGAUUCUCGUUCCAAUGUUGACUCUGGUAUUCCCAACCUUAUUCAUCAAAUUUGGAAAACCGCCGAUGUCCAUACCUAUUCCACGGAGGCGUCCCACGAGUCAUGGAAGGCUAUGUUUGAACCUAUGAAUUAUACGGUGAAAUUGUGGACGGAGGACGACAUUCUCAGCCUCGUUAAAACUGCGUAUCCCUGGUUGCUAUCGACCUAUGAAGGCUACCCUCAAAACAUUCAGCGAGCAGAUGUCGCUAGGCUGAUGGUGGUCCAUGCAAAAGGAGGGAUAUACGCGGAUUUGGAUGUGCACCCGAAGUCGGUUGAGGAGAUGUUGUGUUUGCAGCAUUCCGAUCUGGAAGGUAUUUUUGCUCCUACUGCAGGAACCCUUGGGCUGAGCAACCACUUUUUUAUGGCACAGCGGGGAUCGGCCUUCCUCCUAUGGACACUCCAUGAAGCUAAACGACGAGGGGGCCCAAGGUCGAAACGCAUUAUUUUACCCUAUCUACGAGUGUUUUGGUCCACGGGACCGAUGAUGGUGACAUCAGCCUUCCGAAAGUACGCGUGGAUGCACAGCACAAUGGAUCAUGAUAUCGGGUUGUUGGACGAGAGUUACGGGGGAUCGUUGUUCUGGCACGCAGCAGGACGGUCGUGGCAUGAAUGGGAUGGACGUCUCUUGAAUAUCAUCGGGGAUCACAUGGCAGUGGAAAACCCAUGGGUAGUUUUUUCUUUCUUGGUCACCUUCUUGGGAUUCGCGUACAUAAUGGCUCGACGAUGCUAUAAAGUCAAAUCUCGUCAAUAUAAGAAUACAUCUCUAUCGGGGAAAAGUGGACUCUAA